UAAAGUUAAAAAAGAAAGUUCACAAUACAAAACCUGAAAAUUAGCGCUAGACCGAAAAAAAAACUGAAACCUUUCUGUAAUUCAGGCAAAAAUGGAUUUUUUUGAAAAAGCUCACGUUGUGAAAAACGAGACCUCAAAAGAGAAAUCAAACUUAUUAGUAAAGAAGCAACUUAAACAAAUGCUAAGAGGCUAUAAACAAAGUGACAAUAAACUUAUACAGGAGGCUACAAUAUUAAAAAGCAACUUAAUAGACCCCGCUCUUGACUUCGAUGAUAACACAUCAGUUAGCGGGUUUUCAGAUCUGAACCUCACUAAUUCCAGUCUUGAUAGUUUAACUCCGAAUACAGAAAAAACACAAGACAAAAGUUUAGAUGACAACGAUUUCAGUGAUUUAGUUAAUGAUGAACAAAUCGUACAAGAUAUAGAUGAAUCUAUUUCUGAAAGCAAUGAUGAUAUCCAGUCACUCUCGGAGGUUAGUGAAGAAACCAGCGACAUUAAAUCAGACGAAAGUGAUGUCGUAUCUUUAAUUAAUAGCUUAGGUGAAAGUUCAGGGGCAGAUGUUUAUGAGACCGAAUCUGAUGAUUUUGAUACUGAUGGAGCUUUAGCUAGUACAAUACUAAAGAACUUAAAAAAUAAAUCUAAUGAAGGUACUAAAACUAAGAAGAGAAAAUUAGAUCCCAUAGAUUCUGCAAGUAAAUCUAUGGAUAAAUUCGACAGUAUGUUAAAGUCAAAAAAGAAAUUAAAUAAGAAUACUAUUAAAAAGAAUAAAAUUAAAAAUUCUGAUACUGCAAAUGAAUCUCCUCAGUCUGAUGAUAUCAAUUCUUCUUCCUCAUCCACUAAUUCCUUACCUUACAUUUCAAUAAAAGCAGCAAACAUGCCGGAGCAAAAUCUUAAUGAAAUAUUAGGAAAAUAUUGUCAUCCCACUGUGAAAAACUUACUUAGCGACUGCCACACAGCCGUAAAAGAUUUUAGCAUAUUUUCUACUGAGAGCAUUAAUAGCUCAGAAAUUGAAAUUGAAGAAGAAGCAGACAGCUUAGUCCCCGAGUUAGGUGAUGUAGCUGUUAUUGACGAGUUAGAAGCAGAGACAAACCCAGAAACUUUAACUGAAAUAGCCAGCAUUGCUGUUGAUGAAACAAUGCCAUUAGAAAACAUUAGUAAUGAAGAAGAUUCAGUUGAUUUUACAAAUAAGCCCAAUUUGGAUUCAGUACAGAUUUAUUAUGGAACAAAACAUUGUGUUUUUGUAUUGAAACAUCCAGCAAUAUUGUAUUUUCAUGGUAAAGUAACAAUGAGAGCAUUAGGUGGCCAAAUGGAAGUUUUUGGAUACAAUUUAAAAGAUCAAUACCAAGAAGUAUAUGCUCCAAGAUUGAAUUAUGCUUUAUCUGUAAAAACGGUAGAGUCUGAAAAUAAUUAUCAGGGUCUGUUUAGUAAACUGACUGCUGUAGGGAUAUCUGUGAAAGAAGCUGAAGAAAUUGUAACAACACUUGGAGAAUAUGAUGGUAUUCUCAGUCUUGGACCCCUGAAAGACUACAAAAUGGAUUUUGUAGAAAAUAAUUUUAGUAUAUGCGAACUGUUUACGAAAACAAAAAAUGUUGAAUCCUGUUUUCAUAGAGCAUCAGACAUUUUAGGUUGUUCGUUGUAUUUAAAAAGACCCUUGAGGACAUAUGAAGAAAGACCACAGUGGGAACAGGCAUAUACAUACGGGACAGAUUCAGGAGCUAGAGGUAUUAUAUGUGGUGGGAAGGGGACUGGGAAGUCAACUAUGCUCAGAUACCUAUGCAAUAGAUUGCUGGAUCAUGGACCGGUGCUAGUCAUAGAUUUAGACCCGGGCCAGGCCGAGUUCACAGUAGCAGGAAAUUUAUCUGUAACAAUUGUCAAUGAGCCAUUACUCGGACCUAAUUUCACUCAUUUGAAGACACCUGAGAAGAUGCUAAACAUUGGCAUGAUUAGCCCUAUGGAUAACCCAACCAGAUACGCUUCGGCUGUCCAAGAUAUUAUUGCUUAUUGCCACCAAACCCACAAGUACAGAUCAAUGCCGUGGGUCAUCAACACAAUGGGAAUGACCAACAAUUUAGGACUUAAAUUUAUGUUAUUGACUAUUUUGGCAGCGAAACCGACAUUUUUAUGUCAGAUAUAUUGUAAAUCCUAUAAAAAACAGUUUGAAUGCCCAUUACAAUCAAACUCUGUAAGAAGAUUGUGUGAAUUUUAUAAAAAUGAUAGAUUGCUCAAGAAUACCAUUUGUCCGGAGUAUUUUGAUUACAAUUUUAUGACAUUCAUUACCGUAAAUGAAUCUAGUAAUCAACCAAAAAGGGCCAUACCACUAAUGCCUAGAGAUGAAAGAUAUUUAAAUUAUUUGGCAUAUUUCGGAGAGUUAUUGAACAUGCACCAAGGAACAAAUAUUUUAGGAAUUGUGCCAUAUUCAGUGGAAUUGAAAAACUUAUGUAUAGGUCUGAACGUGAGAGUGCCCGAGGAUACAGUUACCAAGGUGAUCAAUGGCAAAAUAGUAGCGCUUUGUAAACUGACAACCGUUGAUAAGGGCAAAAUGUUUACACUGGGAGAUAAAGCAAUACCAUGUCUUGGAAACGGUCUGGUGCGCUGCGUGGAUUUAGAGAAACAAGUAUUGUACAUCAUCACUCCAUUGCCUGUUGGAAUACUCUCUCAAGUUAACACAUUGGUGUAUUCGGAUUGGGCUCCGGAGAUAGUAGGGCAAGAGAAAUACUUGCCAGACAACAUAAUUGUCCCUUACCGCAUUACAUCCCAGCAGAAACAGAAACAGCUCAUGAUAACACCACGCCGACGGUUCAACCCUUUAGUAUUACUGAAUAUGUCAAGGAAAACCUAAAUUGAAACUUUCAAUUAUUUGUUAAUA